AUGGGAAGUCGUGCAGUAUGCAUUCAACGUGUAGUGCCGCCGUGUUUUGAAGCCUCGCAACUGAAGAAGAGCAAAACAGUGAGUCCCUCUUUUGUGAAUACGAGGAGGAAGAGAAGAAGCAAUGGAGUGAGAUGUAGCAGCAUAACCGACUUCAUCGGAGGAGACCUGGUGAAGCCGGACAUUGGUCGUUGGCUUGCGGACGUGGAAGAGCACAAGGCAAUGGCCAUCUACACUCCUCACGAGGGUGGCUACGAAGGUCGCUACCUGAUUGGACUUAAGAACCAAGGCUACUACUUUCUCGACAUCUCUGCUCGAGGGCUUGGUGACCCCGAGACAACUCUCCUCAACGCCUACCCUGUUUGCCCUGCUCACCUUGGGAAACAACCUAUAGCAAGAUGGUAUUAUCCACCAGAAGUUGACUACAGACUCUCUGCUCUUCCACCUAAUGCCAAGGGUCUUGUUGUCUGGAUCAUCGAAGCAAAGGUCCUCUCAAAGUCUGAACUCCAGUUUCUUGCUUUGCUUCCUUCUCUCCGUCCUAAUGUCAGGGUUAUUGCUGAAUGUGGCAACUGGAGGAAGUUCAUGUGGAAGCCGCUUGCGGAAAUUGCAAAUCUAGCUGAACAAGAGUAA